GAUUAGCAGUAUGCGAUCCAGUUGUAAAAGUUACUGAUAUUUGUAUGUAAAUUUCCUAAAUAUAAAAUAAAAAUUGGAAUGUUAUGAAACAAAUUUGGUCUCUUGUGCAUCUCUAUCAAAUGCCAAAGAAUUGUCAGAACCCGCAGUCGUUAAAAAAAUAUUUUUAAGCUAUGUUCAAGUUGGAGAGCCAAGUGUAAAAAAUCUGAAAGUUUUAAACGUUGGUUAAUGUGAGAGGAAGUCAUAAACGAACUGAGUACUAAGCGGACACUCAGAGGAGAGUGCUAAGUUCAAUCAGCAAGCACUGCAACUUACCAUUAGCAACUGAGAGUAGCAAAGAAACAUAACUACGCGAAUGUAUGACAGUGUUAUAACCAGCUACACAGUUGGAAAUUACUCGCGCCGAACGACAGUAGUGCUCGUAAAUGAAACGUUAACGUGUCUGGUUUAUUUGGUUUUUUGCUAGAUUUUUAUUAAAAUAUAAUUUGAUUGCAAAAAGACAAAAAUAAUUGAAUUAAAUUUUACUGAAAUAUUAAAUAAAGAACGGUAUGCCUCUGUAAGAUAUCGAAAAAGGUGAAUAAUUUUCUACAAUAUCAAACACACACCUACGCAGUUGCCAAAAAAGAGUAACAAAGUGUGCGUGUUAACAAAACUACUGUAUGUGUCCGAAGUAGUGACUGGUGAGAGUGCGCUGCGUGUGAAGACAUAUUUAUGUGAAUUGGUAUGUGUGAAUUAACGUUAUAAACAUAUUGUAAAUGUAGUUGUGUUACCAGUGAACAUGCCUGUGUAUGACUUUUAUGCGCCACUGACACAUACCAAUUUACGAGAAGUCAACCCUUUUAAUGGAACGUUGUAACUUUCGGUUCCUCGCGUUGGCCAAUACACCGUGGCAACAUCGCUGCUGCCGUUAGCAAAAAUCAGACAUGAGGGAUUCAGUAUAUUACUAACAGAGCUGCCCAAGCGAUCGCGAUUGUGAAUUUGAAUGUGUCGCCGUUUGUUUUUGUGUUUGCCGAUGUGCUUUUGUAUUUCGUAAUGCUAAAAACAACUUAAAGAAAACGCUGUCAACAAACGCGAUUUUAACGCUAUUUUGGGCGUUGCCGCAAAUGGUUACGGUGCUCCGCUUCUACAAUUUUGUUUUAAAAAAGAGAUACAUAUUUAGUUACGAUUAGCUCUUAUCCUUCAUGCACUUGAAUUACUAGUUCUUUAUAAAGCUAUCAAUCUGAUUACAAUAAACGACAAAGGCAUCAGACCUUUUCAAAACAUAUAAUAUGAUCACUAAAAAUAAGAGGACGUACAUAUAUACGAAAGAACGAGUGUACAGACAUCACCAUAUAAUCAACAAUGUAGACCAGAAAACUGUCGAUCAACUGCUUAAAUGUACAAAAGCCAUUCGAAUACAAAAUUUUAAAUAUCGUGAUAAACUGAAGAUUUCUACAAUGUUAGUCAUAGCUUUCUGUUUAGUCUUAAGCAACAUUUGUGGCAUCAAAGCGCAAACUCGCGAUCCACGGUUUUUUUCACGACCCGGCGUCAAUGACUAUAAUUGGCCGAACCCAGGUGAUCCAGAUUACAGAACAUACAUAUUUAAUGAUCGCCGCUAUGGACAUUACUUACCUAACGGAUAUAGUACGAACUAUCCUGGUAGAAAUUCGCCAGGGCAAUAUCCACAGGGCAUGCCCAGCGAAGAGCGAUUUCGAUUUGAUCCGAAUAACCCGAACGUUGGGCAUACACCCUUCCCUGGCAUUUUGGCUGGCUGGCGUGAAGAUUUGCAGGGCAAACAACGACGUGACUCGCUGACAUUAGAUCGCGAUGUAUUUGUCACGACCAAUUAUGGCCAAGUGCAAGGCUUCAAGGUCUAUAUGUAUGACAACCCUGAUCCCAAAUCAUUCUACAGACCAUACCAUUCAACUGUCGAUCGGGUGAUGGGCGAAUGCUCUGUUUUCUUGGGCAUUCCUUACGCCUUGCCACCCACGUUCGAAGGUCGCUUUAAGCCACCGCGUUUGCACCGUGGAUGGCAGUUGUUACAAGCUGUUGAUUAUGGACCUGCAUGCCCACAACCGGUACGCUACACUGGCGCUACCAAAGGUAUUAUGGAUAUGGAUGAAGACUGCCUUUACUUGAAUAUUUUUUCCCCAAAGACUGGUGCUGGCGUCGCUCAAAAAUAUCCCGUUAUGGUGUAUAUUCAUGGAGGAGAAUUUGUGCAUGGCGCUUCGAAUCACUUCCAAGGUCAUAUUCUCGCCUCCUUUUAUGAUGUGGUUGUGGUGACUAUAAAUUAUAGACUUGGUGCGCUUGGCUUUUUAUCCACCGCUGAUCAAAACUCACCUGGCAAUUAUGGCAUACUAGAUCAAGUUAUGGCGCUAAAGUGGAUAUAUGAUAAUAUUGAAUUCUUUAAUGGUGAUCGUGAUUCUAUUACAUUGUUUGGCCCUGGAGCGGGAGCAGCAUCUGCUGGACUUUUAAUGGUUGCACCGCAAACUAAGAACAUUGUGAAGAGAGUUAUUGCCCAAUCGGGUGCAGCGUUGGCCGACUGGGCGCUAAUUCAAGAUAAAUAUCGUGCACAGAAUACUAGUCGUGUAUUGGGGCAAUUACUAGGCUGCUCCAUCGAAUCGUCAUGGAAAUUAGUAAACUGUCUACGCACUGGACGUAGCUUCUAUGAAUUAGGAAAUGCGGAGUUUCCGCCACAAGUGGGCACUUUUGCCUGGGGUCCAGUUUUAGAUCACAAUAUCACACUGCCCGGUGAUGACUGGUAUGAAGGUUGGCGAGAAAAAGAUUGGCGGUUCCUUACACAAACACCAGAAAGCCUCAUACGUCAGGGUCACAUUAAUCAUGGUAUACAGUACAUGGCUGGAGUGACCACCCAAGAGGCAGCUUUUUUUGUAGCACAAAAUGAAUCUUUAGCACCUUAUUACGAAAUCGAUGAGACAUUUUUUGAUCAGAAAAUCCGCGAACAUGUCUUUCGCUACAAUUACACAUUAAAUCCAAGUGGCGUCUAUGAAGCCAUCAAAUACAUGUAUACCUAUUGGCCAGAUCCCAACAAUAAUUCGAUAAUACGUGAUCAAUACAUUAAUAUGCUUUCCGAUUUGUACUACCGAGCUCCGGUUGACAAAAUGGUAAAAUUACUAUUGGAACAGCGUAUACCAGUCUAUAUGUAUGUUUUAAAUACGACUGUAGAGGCUUUGAACUAUCCACAAUGGCGCAAAUAUCCACAUGAUAUAGAACACUAUUUUCUUAUUGGCGCACCUUUCAUGGAUAUUGAGUUCUUUCCGAAAAAGGAUCAUUUACAGCGGAACAUGUGGACCGACAACGAUCGCAACAUGAGUCAUUUUUUCAUGCAAACCUAUUCAAAUUUCGCUAGAUAUGGCAAUCCAACGCCUCAACAAGUAUUGGGUUUGCAUUUCCAGCGCGCCUACCAGGGUGAACUUCGUUAUUUGAAUAUCAAUACAACUUUCAACUCAUCAAUUUUGCUCAAUUAUCGCCAAACCGAAUGUGCAUUUUGGACACAAUAUUUGCCAACAGUGAUUGGAGUGUUGGUGCCUACCUAUCCGCCCACAACAGAAUUUUGGUGGGAGCCUAAAGAGCCUUUGCAAAUCGCUUUUUGGACUAUGUCCGUAGCAUGCUUCUUCCUCAUCGUCUUAGUGGUGAUCUGUUGUAUUAUGUGGCGCAAUGCCAAAAGACGAUCAGAUUUUUAUGAUGACGAUGUUUUUAUAAACUCUGAACUGCCUGAUGAUGGUCAAAGUGGUGUAGACAAUGCACACAUGGUGGCCAAUCAUCACGCGUUACGGUCACGCGAUAAUAUCUACGAAUAUCGUGAUUCUCCGUCAUCCAAGACGCUUGCCAGUAAAAUUCAUACCGAUACAACAUCCAUUCGAUCUCCUAGCUCGUUGGCAAUGGCACACAAAUCGGGAAGCCAAUCGUCCUUAAAAUCGGCGAUUUCUUUAAAGGAAACAAAUGGCGGCACAUUGACCAGCAACUUGAGCAGUACUCGCCCUACUCGUCCAGGUGCUCUAAAUAAUGGUGCUGCCUCCAUUACAAAACAACAAGAAAAAAGGUUAUUAACACGCGAGGGAGCCACGCCUGCACCAAUAUCGAAUACACCACUAAUAACAACCACAACUGCCACGAUCUCAGCCGCAUCAGAGUCUGCAAGUUGUAAGCCUAAAUCUACUUAUAACAUAGCCUCUACAACCACAGCACCCAUUAAUCUGGGCACUGUGACCAGUCGCAGCACAACGCCGGUGCCCAGCGCACGUACACACACCACAUCAACUACAUUAACGACUGCUUCGCAGGUGCAACGCUCAGGACAAACGAUGACAUCUGUUCAAUCGCAGGCAAAUCCUCAAUCUCGGACACAAGUUAUUGAAGGUGUGCCACAAACAUCGGUUUAGGAAACAGAUUUCUAAGUGAGGCGGGAGAUCUGUUUUUAUUGACUUGCUAUUGAAAUUUUCAGUUAGAGAGUGAUAUUAAAUAGUUUAUUAUUUCUAUAUGUAUUAUAUAGAAAUAAUUUCGGACUUUUUGGUAUACCGUUAUGUACCAAGAAUUUCUCGGUAAGGUAUAACAAUUAAUUACGAUUUGUUUUAUUUGGAUAAUUGGAAAGCCCAGAUGCUUUCCAUAAUUUAAGUACUAAAUAAUACACAUAUGUAUACCAUAUUUAGCUAUUCUGAUAAUUUUCAUAUGUAACCUCACAGAUUUUUGACAUUUUUUUUUAAAUUAUUAAAAAAAAUAUUAAUUACCAGCUACAUAUUUAUUAUCGCUAGGCGUAUUUGUUAUUAUUAUUACUUAUUUUUCAUAUACUUUUGGACUAAAUAGAAUCUAGGCAACGAAUCUAUCGCGUUUGCAUAUUAUAACUAGCAUUAGUUCUCGGCAUACUAUGCACAUAGAUACAUCCGAACAACGAAAUCACAGGUACAGUUUCAUUUCUGAAACCUUGGAAUUAUAUCUUAACUGUAAGUAGAAGAAACGGUGAAAUUACGCCAUUGACAACAAUAAAUGUGUGUUGACAUAGGAAUUUUAAUUUAAAAUCCAUAGACUUAAAAAAUUUCGAAUCGCAUAGUUAAGUUCUACCAAUAUUUGUAAGUUAUGUUAUAUUAUAUUAACUUUAUAUUGACGGCUUAGAAUAUUGAUACGCCAAUAUGUACAUUUAGAGUCGUAAAUCAAAGAAAGCAGUACAGAUUUUAUCACUUUUAUUAGGUAUCCAUUUAAAAUUUAACUGAAUAACUUUGUUCUUGCUUUCAAGUGUAGUUAAUUAUUUACGAAAGCAAAGCUUCACACAUAGCGAACAAAGAAUUGGCGAAUCGAAUACGGCUUUUUCCACAUAGUGACUACUUGAUUCUAAUUCAUAAAUAAUUAUUGUAUAGUAAUAUAGAUUUCUAAUAACAGUUUAUGUAUAAUUAAUGUAUUAACGUUAUAACUUAGCAUGUUAAAAUAUAUCUAUACACAUUUAUGUAUUACAUCUAUAUGGCGUUAAAAAGACAAGAUUUUGUACAAAAAAAAUCGUUACAAAAUUUUAUGAUUACUUGACUCAGUAUUUUUUGUUUCGAUGUAUGGGUGCCAGACGAGUUACCGCAAAAAAAUUCAAUAACCGAAUUUCCAAUGGAAUAGUUACUGGUAAUGAAAAAUGGUCAUGGUCGAAUCGCGGAGAGCAGACGCAAACGGUGGCCAAGCCAAGAUUGACAGUUAAAAAAGUUUUUCUAUGCAUUUGGUGAGAUUAGCCGGUAAUCAUCUACUAUCAUCUGCUUCAAUACGGCUAAACUCUAAAUUCGGACCUGUACUUUGAAAAAUUGGCGCGUCUGAAGGAAGCACUCGCCCAGAAGUGGCCAUCUUUGGUGGAUAGAAGAGAAAUUGAAUUUCAUCAGCACAACGCCAGGGAGAUUGGUUAGGAGGUUCUUGCAUCUACCUUAGAGUCCUGAUCUGCAACUAUAUGAUUUCUACUUGUUCCUGUCUAUGGCGAAUGAUGUGAAAAAUUCUUUCAAGAAAAGCUUAGCUUUUUUCCAAUAGGGUCAAGGGUUUCUAUGAGAGUGGCAUUAUGAAAUUGCCUUCAAAAUGACAACAAGCUAUCGAACAAAACUUUGCAUAUUUCACCUAAUUCGGUUCAUUCUAACUAUGCUAAAUAAAACCUUUAAUUUAAUUCGAAAAUAAUUAUUAGACCUUUAGGCAGCUUUUUAUUUUUGAAUUUUUAAAAAUAAUGUAGAUAUAUUCAUAAAUAAUAACUUAUUGUAUUGAGAUGCAGGUCUUAUUAAAUAAACUGUACAUGUGUGAAUAUGUAGAAAUAUCUGCAUGAAAUUUUAAAAUUAAAUUUGGCUUAUAAAUAUAUUAACACGAGUAUGGGGAAAAUACGAAAUUACGUCAAAAAAUAUGGUUUUGAGAUAAUCUUUAUAUAUAUAAUAAUAUAUAUAUAUAGUACGAGUAUUUCCAUCUGGGGACAACUUUUAUUUUUGUAUCCUAUAUGUUUUAAAUUACUUGCAUUAAGAAAUAUACCAGAGUACUGUAAAUAUAAUUAAUUUUAAGUGAAUUAUCUACGAGUUUGUAGUGAUCAACACCAUCAGUGCAAUCCGUCCAAUAUAGGUAUGCUUAUAAGCCUCAGUUUACAUGCAAGUUUCUUUCUACAUACUUGUUUUUGUUUGUGUAAAUAUGCGACAGAACUUCAAUUAAUAUUUUCUUACGAAGCGUUAUUCUGAUAAGUUUAUGAAUUUUAUUUUUAAAAUGUAUGUAUCUGCUUCAUGUGCGUAGGUUUGUUUAUCAUUUAGAUAAGCUUAAUUUUUACAAUAUUUUAUAUGUUUAAUAAAUUGUAAUAGUAUUUGUACAAUAUCCAUCUAAUUUGUGCUGUCUUCCUUUAUACAUAUAUCUACCUAUCUAUGUAUACAUAUAUCUGUAUACACUAUAUAGUACAUACAUAUAUAUGUUUGUUUUUGUAUAUUUAUAUUGUUGCUGUUGUUAUCAUUGCUUUCCCUCUUUUGUUUAAUUUCCAAAGUGGGAAGCAAUACUCAAUAGUACGAGAGCUCUAUUCAGUAAAUUAAAUAGAUCAAGACCAAAAUAAACAUAAUGCCAAAUUAUAUGUAUUGAAUUUAAAAA